GGGAAACACUGCCAGCGCUGGAGGAGGGAGUGGCCGGUCGAGGGAACCAGAAACUAAAAAGACGUGUUGGGUCAGUCAUACCUGACAGCUCUCCAAACACACUGCACUGAACCCGACGAAAAGAUAAAAACCAGCAGCUAACCUAACCAAACCGAGAGAGAAACAGAAAUGAGGGACGCGGUGAAGAAAGGAAACGGAGAGAAGAAAGCUAUGGAUGUCUCAUGUUCAGAGAAGGGGAGAAAAGAUGAUGACGGGUCAUUUCCUGUGAAGGUUCAGGGUGCAGGUGUCGAGUCCUUUGAGCUGCAGGUUCAUGGAUUCUGGCUGGUCCAGGAUGCCAUCAUGACCGUACUGGGCAGAGAGGAGGUGGCACCUCGCACAUCCAUCGCUCUGGCCCUUUCAGGCGUGACCCUUGACCCCAUGACUGAGCUCCGGUGCGUCAAGGGCUUCAAAGCUGGAGUCACUCUCCGUUUAGUGGAAGAGCCGUACUCCCCGCGGUUGGCACAGGCUCACCUGGCACGAGUGCAAGAGAUGCUGAAAGCUGCCGGGCCCCAAGAUGCCUUAAUGGAGGGCCGAUCACCCACUGUACUGAAAACACUCACCCAAACGCAUGAAGCCCCUCCCACUCCGCACUCAUCAAAGAACAGACGAGCCAAUAGUAAGACAGAACAGCCGGCUGAAGCCCCGCCCCCUCCUGCCUACAUUCUGCCUGGAGUUUCAGAUCCUCCUCCUCUGACGACCGUUUUGCCCAUCAACAAACACAGCGAAGCUCCCAGUUACCUGCUCGACCUGUCACUCAGCAGCUGGAACCCUCCCCCCGGUUUCCGGAAACUGCAGGGCGACUUCCUGUACAUCAGUGUCCACACUCUGGAGGGCAAGCAGUGUGACAUCACUUCCUGCCCCCGUGGGUUUUACCUGAACAAGUCGACCCUCGAUGUGUUUGACCCCCGUCCUGCUCCGUCUACUCCAGUGUGCCACUGUCUGACCGACCUGCUGUCCCACAUCAGCCCGCAGUUCAAACACAACCUCGGCACGCUGCGGCACAGGCCCUCUCUGCCGGCUGAAGAGAUGCUGCCCACUCCGUACCUCACACACAGCUGGCUUGGCGUCUCCUCGCUUCACUCACACAGAUCCAGCUUCAGCUGCCGGCUGGGUCUGGACCAGGACCUCAAUGCACAGGCUCCUGACUGGAAUAAGGAACUUCAGGCAGCCAGAGAUCUUCCUCAGAGAAGUCUGGAGGAGAGACUUCAGAGGGACCGAGCAUUACUGCAGGUGAACAGUGCUUUCGUGUGGGCUGUUGCUCAGGCUGCAGAGAAGGUGAUCGAUGGUUUUGUCGACCCAGUCAAUGGUUCUCCCGAGGACCCGGCGUUCCUAUGCGGCGGGGUGUUCAUGAGUGUGCCGACGCACAGAGAGGACUGGCUGACAGGAGACCGCGGUCCCAGAGCCGCUCAGCGUCUCGAGCUGCGAGGUGUUCAGGCUUACAGCGACCUGGACGGAGACCUGCAAAACCUGCACACCAUCCCCACCGCGGUGGCCGACUAUCGAGGCGUUCGACUGUCCGCGCAGGGCCUGGCCCCUGGUCUUCAGGGCCCCGAGCAGGCUGAGAUUCCCAAUGGCCUUUUAUACGGCUUCAGCGCAGGGCCACUGGAGAAUCCAUCCAGACGGAAACUCCUGGAGCUGCUGGCUCAGUCGGCAAAGGCGCUUUCUCUGCAAAGACAUGCGGUUCUGGGAAAGACCGGGCAUCAGUUGCCCCUGUUCACCACUGUAGAUGCUCAGGGGAUACUGGGGGCCGAUGGGCGAUAUUACCUGCUGGAUGUGUAUCGUACUAUGCCUGCUGAUGCCAACUUCCAAGUGGAAGACGGAGAAGAAGGAAUCGAAACAGAACCCAAGGACGCCGGUUUUCCCAGACGGUACCCUCACGUUUUGUGCCGCUUACGGCCGGAGUUAGUCAAGGCGUUCAUUCAACACAAAUAUUCUCAGUUCACACAGCGAGUGAAGGCUCACAUGGAGGAGAACGGAGAACUGGAAGACUGUAUGAAAUCUGGUGACUCUCCAAACAUAGAUGCAGUAAGAAGAGCUUGCAAAGAUGUCGGAUCCGUCAGUGACAUCAUCUUUGAGAUGCGUUUCAACCCUAAUGUCUUCUCGCCAGGAGUGCAGUUUCCCAGCUCAGAGAGUGGUGCCGUGGAGCUACAGAAGAGAUUACUGAAGGAAGCAGCGUCUUUCAUCAUUAAUGACCAAAUACCAGCAUUUAUGAACGACUGCAUUCAUGGAGCCGACACACCGAUGGAUGGUGCUUCUUUACGACAAGCCCUCCAUCAGAAAGGCAUAAACCUCCGCUAUCUAGGUCACCUGAUCUUCUCCAUCAGCCAAUCAGAUCUCAAACAUCAACUGAGACACAUCACGAGGUUGGCGUUUGCAGAGAUUGUAGUGCGUUGUGCACAACGCUUCUUCAGUGGCUACAUUCAGGGAGUGGAAACGUCUAACCUGUCUGCAGCAGCGAGUCAUUUCCUCUGCUGCUUAUUGGUGCCUCACUUCAGUUCAGCGUCAAAUGGGGAGGAGUCUAAGAAGCGCUCCAGGAGGCGUGGCCGUGGAGGAGGAGGGGCUUCGGACAGCACGGCAUGGACCUCACUCAGUGGGAAUGAACUGUGGAGUCAGAUCUGUCAAGAUGCUCAAGAAACAUACAGACUUAAAGAAGGACUAGGGUCAAAUGUGGACCAUCUAGUAGAGCAGUACGGCCUCCAGAAGAUGUGCUUGUUGAGAGAGAUGUGCUUGAAGACUGGUAUUCAGCUCCGCCUCAGAGAAUACAUUCUUGACAACCGUAACAAAGCGGCCAUCUCUCCGGACGAUGUGCUCAACAUUCUGCCCGUCGUCAAACACAUAACCAUGUCAACCACCGACGCCACAUGCAUGUUCAAGGUGGCUCAGAACAGUCUUCAGAAAGGGUUACUGGAGCAGGCGUACGAGCAGCUGAAAGAAGCGGCGUACCUCUUCAGCCGCGUGUGUGAUGACCUUCACCCUGAAGCCUGCCAAUGUCUUAGUCUGCUGGCAAAAGUGGCCUAUGUACAGGGCCAUCCUGCUGAGGCUCGAAGCGUGCAGCUGAGGGUCGUGGUCAUCAGCGAAAGGGUUCUGGGCUUCGAUCAUCCCAACACCAUUCAGCAAUACGUGUUGUUGUCGGUGUAUCUGUUCGCUGGAGGCGAAACCGCCCUGGCUCAGCGAUGCCUGUAUCGUGCCAAAGUUCUUCUGUUGACGAUUCACGGAGGAGAUCAUCCUUACAUGGCAGUCAUAGAUGCUUCUCUGGGAUUGGUUCUUCAGAGAGAACAAUCAUUACAGUAUCUACAGAGCGCACUGAAACUCAACAGCUCCUUCAGAGGAGACACUGACCUGACUACAGCUCUGAUGCACCAUCUGCUGGCUCAGAGACUGUGUGUGGCUGGCGACUACAGAGGAGGCAUGACUCAUGAAAAGGAAGCUUACAGCAUCUUCCAGAACAAGUGCGGAGAACACCAUCCUCAAACCAAAUGCAGCUCUGACUUCCUGAGGAACAUUACCCAGCAGGCCGUGCGUGUAGAGCGGUCGAUUCGUCAGGGAGGCGUGGAGCUUUCUGAGACACUGCCUGAGGGUUUGGUUCCCUCGCAGGACGUAACGCUGGAGCAGCUCGCUCUGCUCAAUGGCAUACUGAAGACUUCAUACAGCACAAAAAUGAUGGAGUUCAGAGAGAAACUGAAAGAGAGAAAAGCAGCGGAAGAGGCUGAAAAGACGAAACUGGAGAACUCUGAAUCGACCAAUGAGAACAAAGCUACAGAACUACCAACCAAUAGCGUAGAGGUUACUGAGGAGGCCACGUCCAAUGGGGAACAGAAGCAAGAGGCCACGGAUGGAAAUGCAGAAGGCCAAACAGACGCUUCUGAGAAACAAGACCACUCAAACAUGAACGGCCAGAUCGAGCCCCACCUGCACAAUGGAGAUUGUGCUUCAAAAAUUGAAUGUGAGGAGGAGGAACACCAAUCAAACAUCACUAAUGGUGUUCCGAUUGAGAGCCAAUCAAAAUCAGGUAAUAUUAUGACAUCAGUGAGUGAAGCACAGUCAGCAUCAGCAGUGGUAAACGGUGAAGAGUGUGUUGUGAAUGAAGGUUCAGGUCAUGUGGAGAAACAGGCUGAGACAGAGUGAGGCAUUACUGCAGAUAUGAUGAGGUUAAUCUCAGUGUUUGACACAUGACUGUACAACUGUGUCAAUUAAUAAACCAUAAAAGAAGUGUGGAGGCAAGAUGAUGCCAGAAGACAGUCUGUCCUGAAGUUUUUUUAAAUGUUUGACUAAAUAAAGUUUACUUUUUGUGUGUAAACA